AUGAGGAUAUUCGACACCUUUGCGCGAGGAAUGACAGCCGUCGCCAUUUUGGAGCGAGUUUAUGCAGCUGCUGCAUUUGCGUGUCCUAACCAGGGCGAAAUGAAGCCGAUGAUCCAACAAUGCAAUACAGUUAUUCAUGAUCGUGAUAUUAACCUCUCGAUGGAGCAACGCGAAGCUACAUAUCGCCCUGGUGGUCAGGAACAUCAAAGUGCUGCUAGCCAGGCAGCCAUUGGUGCCUACAAGACAGUCGCUGGCGCUAUUAUUGCGCACGAUGAAGGACAGGUAAUGUCCCCUUCCUCGCUACAACUAGUACCAACACAGUGGUUUCCCACUUUGAACAGACUAUGUUUUCGGUUUCUGCGUGUAAGGACUUGA